UUCGGUAGCGAGUGUUAAUAGAAAAAAAUGUUCAAAAUGUUGGCUGUGCUGUGUUUAAUCUUUGUUGUGAGCGGUGUGUGGUCGUCGUGCGACUCGUGCGGGCGCGAGUGCAGCGCGUCGUGCGGUACGCGCCGCUUCCGCGCGUGCUGCUUCAACUAUCUGCGCCGGAAGAGGGCGCCACAUGCCGCACAACUUCACGAACAAGGAGAAAAUGUGAAGACUCAAGAAAACUCAGAUUUUCCUGUAUUUGUCGUCGAAGAUUCUCCUUUGACAGCACGGCUGAUCAACAACAUUUUGUCUAGCGAAUAUCAACCUUACACCACUGACAAUUUGGUCGAGAAUCAAUUAGAUUAGAUACGUGUAAACUUGAAUAAAUUAAAUGACUGAUUUCGUUGUAA